GGGAGCUGUUGGGACAACGCAUGCGCAAUGUCGGCCCGGCCCUGCUCAGAGUGGUGAUUCAGGAGCCUGGGGGAGGGAGCGACGCCAGGCUCCGCCCCCUGAACUAGCCCCGCCCCCUGGCCUGGCCCAGCCCGCUGGGCUCCGUCCUCUCCCCCCAUUGGCUGAGGUAUUUCUGCUUCCUGGAGACAGUUGCUAACAACUCGAGUGGGGCCGGUGUGGGGGGCGGUGAUGCUGGCAGGCGAGGAGAGGCCAGGCAUGAUCCUUGCACCUCCCUGUGCCUGGCAGGGGCUGGGCUCCCCCCGAGCCCACUGACCAUCGCCCCCGGACUGGCUGCCGGAGAGUGAGGAGGAGGAGAAGAUGCCGCUGCACCGAGCCGCCUCAAGUAUCCACUCGGAGGGCAGCGACCUGGACCUGGAGGGCAUUGCUGAGAGCGAGCUGGCCAAGCUGCAGCGUCAGUUCCGGCUGCUAGAGGGUGACCGCCAUGCCUACACCCUGCAGUCCCAGGAGACCAUCCGCAGGCAGCUGGCCGACCUGCAGCGGCUGGAGAAGGAGCGGGAGGGGCUGCUGCGGGAGCUGCGGGCGGCGGAGGGCCGGGCCAACAGGCAGCGGGAGCAGGAGCAGGCCGGCAACCUACGCGCCCUGCUGCGGCACCAGGACCAGGUGGAGGAGCAGGCGGUCGCAGAGAGGAGGACGGUGGCCCAGCUAGACCAGGAGAUCCGGAGCUGGGAGAAGCGGCUGGUGGGGCUGGCGAAGCAGGCGGGCAAUGCAGGAGUCAGCCAGCGGCACAAGGCCCAGGGCCAGAGGAGGGUGCGCACCCUGGAGAACCAGCUGGACAAGGCAUCAGCCCGGUUCAACUCCCAGCUGGCGCUGAAUGCCGGCCUGCGCGAGGAGCUGGAGACCCUGCGCAUCGAACGUGGGCGCUUCGAACACCUCUACCGCAGGCUGGAGAGGGAGCUGCAGGAGACGCGGAAAGCCAUUGGAGCCGUGAUCGACUCCUCCUCCUCGGCCUUUGAUGCUAGGGAUGAGGCCCAGACCAAGCUGGGGCAGCUGAGGGAGAAGGCGGAGAAGGACUUGGCUCAGCAUGGGGCCGAGAUGAAGGAGCUGCAGCGGGUCCUGGACCACGACCGGCGCUUACGCCACUUCCUGGAUGUCAAGGUGCAGGAGCGUUCGUUCACCCAGGAGGCGCUGGAGGCCAAGCGCAAGAGAGAGCAAGAGGAGGCUGAGGGGAAGCGCCGGGACCCCAGGGAGGAGCUGCUGGAGUCCUAUGAAGCUGCCUUCAAGCAGAUCCAACAGCUGACCGGGGAGGACGACCUGGAUGUGCUGGUGGAGAAAUUCAUAGCAGUUGAGGACCAGAAUUUCGCCCAGUUCAACUACGUCAACGAGCAGAACAACGAACUGGAGCGACUAGGGGAGCGGAUCGCCCAGGUGCGCCGGGAGAUCCAGGCGGCGCGGGCCCAGGACGAGCAGGAGCAGCAGGAGCAGCGGGCGCAGACCCGGGCACUGGAGAUGCAGCAGGAGGCUGUCGUGCAGGAGACCCAGCAGCUGCUGAGCAAAGAGAAGGUGGCCAGGAAAGCCCUGGAACAGCUCAAAGAGGGGAUCAGGUCGCUAUUCAGGAAGCUGGACUGUAAGUGCUCAGCGCUGGACGAGGCGCUGGGGGGCUCGGCCGUGGUGCGGGAUGGGAACAUCCCCGUGUUCCUGGGUCUCCUGGAGCAGCGAGCCCACGAGCUGUUGGCCAUGCGCGCCUACCUGGCCUCCAAGAACUACGAUCUGCCCUACGACCCCGAAGAGACGGCUCGACUGCUCCUGGGGCAGAUAGCGGGAUACGCCCCCACGGCGUACCCCCUGCGGCCCCCCACUGCCGGGGAGGAAUAUGAAGCUGGCAGUGAGGAAGAGGAACGACCCCUCACCCACAGUGAACUGAGAGACCGCAUCCUCCAGGAGGUGCUGAGCAAGGAGGAGACACCGUCCCCCAAGAAGACCCAGUGCACCGAGCCGGGGGGGCUGCGGGUGGCUGGGGGCGCCCGGCGCCCCAUGGAGGCCUGAGGCCGGGGCUGGGGUUGGAGCUGGGUCUCCUGUGGCAAAUAGCAGCCCGGUCAGACUCCUGUAGUGUGUGCUGCUUCUCUCCCCCACCCCACGGUCCCCUCUUUCUCCACCUUCCCCCCCAUCCCUGUCCCCAUCGGCCCUGUCCUGGGGCUGGAUUCCACCUCUGCCCCCUCCAGCUGAACACACCCCGCCACCAUCGUCCCCUCUGCCUUCCCGGGCUGCCUGUUGCCCUAGAUCUCGGGGAGCAUGGGGGGAACCCCCAAUACUGACACCCCCCCACCAGAUCAAGCUGCCCCCCUUCCCAUCUGCUGAAGUGGCCAGUUCCUUUGGCCCAACAGCAGGGGGUGGGUGUCGGGCGAGGUGAGACCCUUCCCCCCCACCCAAACCCACACCUCCACUCUGGGAAUCUUGUCUAAUCUUCAGGUCUCUCCCAUCAAUCAAUCAUGGAUGGAAGCUCGUUAAUUUCACACUCGGAAAUUGACGUGCUCCAGAUGCGCAAUUCCCCCCCACGCCCUCCGCACACCAUGUCCCCCUCAUACAACAGCCAGAUGGUCCCCAGGGAGCAUGCCCAGAUGUAGAGCGAGGAUGCCCCCUCCCGGUGAGAUGGAAAUUUUUCCUCCACCCCCGCCCCGAACCGGGAGAGGGCAGACCCCCAACCCCAAAGUGGAGGGUGCUGCAUGGGAGCCAGCGGUGGGAUUGUAUCAGUGGAGGGAUGGAAUCCCUAAUAAACUCCACAAGGUUGUAUUGUGUGAAA